AUGGGUGCGCCCGUUUAUUGGCUGGACGGGCAGGAAGGGAAUGGCGACCAAUGCGGGAAGACUCGGGAAAGUUCGAGAGGAGGGAGGAGCAAAGCGGCUGUUACAGUAGACCAGCGGCGCUCCUGUGCCGCCUGCGGAGGACGCGUGCGCGAGAGAGGGUGGUCGUCGCGUCGCCAGGCAGCGGGUCUCGACAUGGAGGAGCUACAGAAAGAUUUGGAAGAGGUGAAAGAGCUUCUGGAAAAAGCAACAAGAAAGAGAGUUCAUGAUGUCCUGCUGGCAGAAAAGAAUAAGAUAGAGAAAGAAAUCAGGAACCAGGCACCACUCAAACUAAAAGCAGAGACAUCUGAAGAAGAAAAACCACCACUCACGGGAUACACGGUGAAAAUCAACAAUUAUGCUUGGGAUCAGUCAGAGAAAUUCGUGAAAAUCUACAUCACUUUAAGUGGAGUUCAGCACCUCCCAGAUGAGAAUGUGCAGGUGCACUUCACAGAAAGAUCAUUUGAUCUGUUGGUGAAGAAUUUAAACAACAAGAAUUAUACUAUGACAUUCAACAACCUUCUGAAGCCCAUCUCUGUGGAAAGCAGCUCAUGGAAGAUCAAAACAGAUACUGUCUUGAUAUUGUGUAAGAAGAAGCAAGAGGAAAAAUGGGAGUGCUUAACACAAGUUGAAAAAGAAACUAAGGAGAAAGAGAAAGCUUCUUAUGACACAUCUGACCCAAGUGAGGGGUUGAUGAAUCUGCUGAAAAAGAUGUAUGCAGAAGGAGAUGAUGAAAUGAAGAGAUCCAUUAACAAAGCCUGGGUUGAGAGCCGAGAAAAGCAAACCAAAGAAGAUUUACCAAUAGAUAUUUGAAUAAAUGUUGGCCAGGCUAGCCUUCGUAAUGUAAAUUAUCUUGUAUGAGGCUUCUACUCUGAUUCAGAGGUCAGAGAAAGUAUGGUGUUUACAUAACCCUCCUCAAAGCAAAGACUGCAUGAGUUUCAUGUUUCAAAUUGGAGAUAAGUAACAAAACAUGCUGUAAAGCAUUUUAUUUUAUUUAAGUGUGUUUUUGCCCUUCUUCCUUAAGGCUUUGAGCCUCCAGUGCUUUUGUGAAGCUGCCAAAAAUAAGUAAAUUAGCUUGAACGUA